GGCUGUCCACCCCCUGAAAGCUUCUGCCUAAAGCAAGGCAUCAACCUCGCACUUAUUGACUUCAGAUAUAUCAAAGACCGAGUCGUACCGCCCGCCGGGUCAAUCCCAAUCGUUGCGGAGCGUCCAUUCGUAACAGCAAUGUCAGCAAUGUCCCAAGUCGAGCAGCCGGGGUUUGUGAAACUUGAGCUUCGCACGGCUUACGGGCCGGUCUAUCGCAAUGUAUCGACGCAUCCGCCCCGAGACGCCCGACCAGACGAGAUCCCGCUGAUCGACCUCAGUCCGAUAUACGGCGAUCUCGAGGCCCGGAAGGCUCUCGCCCAGGACAUCCAGCAUGCGGCCGAGAAUACGGGAUUCUUCUACAUCCGCAAUCAUGCCAUCCCCGAAACCACCAUCCAAGCUGCUUUGGACGCCUCCCGGGCUUUCUUCGCACAGCCCGAGGACAAGAAAAUGUUGGUGUCCAAGUCCAAAGGGAAGUGGUACAAUGGCUAUUCAGCAAAGAACACUGCAAUGGCCAGUCCUUCGGAAGGAUUGGACUACCGCGAGUCUUUCGCGUGGAGAUACGAGCCGCAAUACGAUCCAGAUCCCAAGGACCCUGACGCUGUACCCGCGGAAGUCCAGCCAUAUAUCCGCGGGGAGAACUAUGUCUGGGAAGGCACGGAACACUUGGCUGGCUACAAAAGUGAUUGUAUCGCCUACUGGCAGGAAUGUCUCAAGCUUGCACGCAGGCUGGUCAGGAUAUUUGCUCUCUGCCUGGAUCUUCCGGAGGAUUACUUCGACGCCGUGACGACCUACCCUGGAAGCGACGGCGUGUUCAACUACUACCCUGCCAUGUCGGCAGAAGACGCGGCGAAGAGCCAGGACGUCGGGCUCGGAUCGCACACCGACCUCCAGUGCUUCACGUUGCUCUGGCAGGAUAUGAACGGCGGCUUGCAAGUGCUGAACAAAGAAGGGCAGUGGAUCAAGGCGACGCCGAUCGAAGGCACUUUCGUCGUCAAUAUAGGCGACUAUCUGAUGCGCUUGACCAACGACCGGAUGAAGUCGACCGUGCACAGAGUAUACAACCGUUCCACGGUCGACAGGUAUUCGAUGCCAUUUUUCUUCGGGUUCAAUUUCAACGAGAAGUGCGGCGUGCUGCCCAGCUGCGUGGACGAGAAGAAUCCCCCAAAGUACGAACCGAUCUCAUGUGGCGACUGGUGUCAAUUGAGGUUUCAGCAGACCGACAUGGACAAGAAGGUGGCUGUUUACUGAAAAAUGAGAGAAUGGUCACUGAGAGUUAUGAACACAAGAGACAAGAUCACCCGCGGGAAAUUCGAGGCCCGAUAUCAGAGACAUAACUCCGGUGUGCAAAAUCCACGGAGUAGAACGGGUUGGAGACCACUCGAGCCCUUCGAUGAAACUAUGUUAAAGGCAGUAGCGGGUGGCUGGACGCUGGCUUCGAUGAGAACUCCCAAGAGCUUGCCUGUUGAGACGAGUCACGGACGUGAUUCUGGGGGCUCUAGCAUAUGCUCGCCUACGCUAGCCUACGGAGAAGGAAAGGAAGCUGAAAUCUGACCUGGAGGUUACUUUGAUAAGAGUCAAGCGACUGUCUUAUACGAUAUGGUUUAAAUGAAGAUAGCCUCUGGAGCUGAGCAAGGAGC